UAAAGAGGGUUUCCAGGGCAUUCGUUGUGACCAGUUCCUGCCCAAGACUGAUUCCAUCCUGUCUGAUCCAAUGGAUCACUUGGGCAUUGAGUUCAUGGAGAGCAAGGAGGUGUACAAAAGACAAGUGAUGUCUAUCACAUGUAUUGCCAUGGGGAUCAGCUUUCUAGGCACCCUCUGCAUAGCUCUCUACUGUCGGAACAAGAGAAGAAGGGAAAAGCUCCAGGCACACUUAAAAGAGAGCCGUAGCCAGAAAAACUACAUCCUCACCUCAUGCAGCCUGGCCCCUACACCCAGCCUUAGGCCUCAGCAAGGCCUUCAGCUACAGAAAUAUUAUAAACCCACAAGGUCCUCGCCACCACAUGUUCGAGAGUCUAGUUUCGUUCAGAGUACUGCUGCCUCUACCAGUCCACAGGGCACAUUGACAGGAAAACACCCCAGGAGCACUUCCCUCUCUCAUAGUCCAGAUCAGAGGAGUCGUUCUGCUUUUCGGCCUACAUCUCGCAGAACCCCACCCAUAACCAGAGGAUGUCUCAAUGCCAUUGGGGGAUCAAGAGAUUCUGGUCCUGCCUACCAACAUCUCCACGAAGUAGACAGCUCAGAAAGGGAGUCAGUGAGAAGGAACCUUUCCGGCCCUGGCAAUGACCUACAUCAAGAUUCAUUUUACAAUAUGCAACCCUCACAAUCCUCGAAAUCUUGGAGCAACCAUUUAGACCACAGGUGCGCUAGGAGCCUCAGGUCGGGCGGCCCUAGCCAAAGUCCUCCUGCUCCCUGUCGUCCCUGCUCUAUCCCAAUUAUCCCCUCUGUCCACUCCUACCAGGAUGAGGUCUCGUGUAUGCAAACAGCUCCUACUGAUGGAAGCAGCAGUUCUAGUCCUCUGGAAACCACAGCUGAUGCUUCAGCUGUCAGUCAACAGUCCAACAUAAUGGUCUCCAACCAAAUGGCUGGUAGACAGAAGGAAGUAGCCUCACUACUUGACGAGGCUCAGGAUCAACUCAGAGCACUAGCACUUGCCCAGAGGAAACAGGAGGACAUCAGUAGCUCUUUCCCUCAUGGGGCCAAAGAGACUGUGUGCAUUCUUUUAGCAAAUGGGGGUGGACAAGGGGGAGUGGCCUCUUUUGGGCCCACGGAGACUCAGUUAAUGAGCCCUAGUGACAUGCACAAAGAUGCCACAAAGCCUGGCCAAUGAGAAGGGGUUGACAGGUCUAACCACAAAUGUGUGUGUGUCUUGAGGCUUCAUAAUACUUUGCCAAAACUGGGAUACCAUGGAAAGCUAGCAUUGACUUUCUGAGGACCUGCUGUGAGUAGAGUCGUGGGAGAGUGACCGUCCUGA